AACCCUCCUUAAACCGUUAUUUACGUUCGCUCAUUUAUCACUCCUCUGGUCUUGUAACCCGCCAUCGUAAGCACUGCCAUUGCCGUUGGCAGCCGCUGCAUGUCAUCGUUGGCAGGUUCCUGAAAUCUGAUCCAAUGCAUCCAAGCCACUCCCAAGUAAGAAUGAGCGCGGAAGUAUAGCAUUCCUCAUAUGAUAAAAGUUGGUGCCAGUUUCAGCAUUCUCCAAGAGACUUAGGCGUGGGGGGUUUCAGUUUUGGACUUAGAGUUGAUCGAGAAAGAAGUGAUCCUCAGAAGCAGAAAUGAGCAUAUGGAAUUACGUUGUGACGGCUCACAAGCCGACCAACGUCACGCAUUCAUGCGUGGGGAACUUCACAAGCCCUCAGGAACUGAAUCUCAUCAUAGCGAAAUGCACACGUAUUGAGAUUCAUUUGCUUACACCUCAGGGUUUACAGCCUAUGUUGGAUGUGCCCAUAUAUGGAAGAAUUGCAACACUUGAACUUUUCCGUCCUCAUGGUGAAGCACUGGAUUUUCUAUUUAUUGCCACAGAGAGAUAUAAAUUUUGUGUUCUUCAGUGGGAUGCAGAGACAUCUGAACUCAUCACAAGAGCGAUGGGUGAUGUAUCAGAUCGCAUAGGUCGCCCCACAGACAAUGGGCAGAUUGGCAUAAUUGAUCCUGAUUGUAGAUUGAUUGGCCUCCAUCUUUAUGAUGGCUUAUUCAAGGUUAUACCAUUUGAUAACAAAGGACAGCUUAAGGAAGCUUUUAACAUUAGGCUUGAAGAGCUUCAAGUGUUGGAUAUCAAGUUCCUAUAUGGUUGUUCAAAGCCUACAAUUGUUGUCCUCUACCAGGACAACAAAGAUGCACGGCAUGUUAAAACAUAUGAGGUCGCACUCAAAGAUAAAGAUUUUGUUGAGGGUCCAUGGUCACAAAAUAAUCUUGAUAAUGGUGCAUGUCUAUUAAUACCUGUUCCCAUGCCUCUUGGUGGUGUUAUCAUUAUUGGAGAAGAAACUAUUGUCUAUUGUAGUGCUACUGCAUUCAAAGCAAUCCCUACUAGACCAUCAACUACAAGAGCUUAUGGAAGGGUUGAUGCUGAUGGUUCCCGAUACUUGCUUAGUGACCAUGCAGGGUUACUUCACUUACUAGUUAUCACCCAUGAAAAAGAAAGGGUUACUGGACUUAAAAUUGAACUCUUAGGGGAGACAUCAAUUGCAUCAACAAUAUCAUAUCUAGACAAUGCAUUUGUCUAUGUUGGAUCAUGUUAUGGAGAUUCACAGCUCAUAAAGCUAAAUCUCCAGCCAGAUGCAAAAGGCUCAUAUGUGGAAGUCUUAGAGAGGUAUGUCAAUCUGGGGCCUAUUGUGGACUUCUGUGUGGUUGACCUUGAGAGGCAGGGCCAAGGUCAGGUUGUAACUUGCUCAGGAGCUUAUAAAGAUGGGUCCCUUCGCAUAGUUCGAAAUGGUAUAGGGAUAAAUGAACAGGCAUCUGUGGAACUUCAAGGCAUCAAGGGAAUGUGGUCUUUGCGAUUGUCUACUGAUGAUCCUUAUGACACCUUCUUGGUAGUAAGCUUUAUCAGUGAGACACGUAUCUUGGCAAUGAAUCUUGAAGAUGAAUUGGAAGAAACUGAGAUCGAGGGUUUCUUUUCACAAGUGCAAACUUUGUUUUGCCAUGAUGCUGUGUACAAUCAACUUGUACAGGUCACUGCAAGCUCUGUACGAUUGGUCAGUUCUACAUCUCGAAUGCUGCUUGAUGAGUGGAAAGCCCCUUCAGGAUUUUCAGUUAAUGUUGCUACAGCUAAUGCAACUCAGGUUUUACUGGCUACUGGAGGUGGUCAUCUAGUUUACAUAGAAAUUGGUGUUGGAAAAUUGACAGAAGUAAAGCACAUACAGUUGGAAUGUGAAAUAUCUUGCCUUGACAUAAACCCUGUUGGUGAAAACCCUAACCACAGUCAUCUAGCUGCAGUUGGAAUGUGGACUGAUAUCAGUGUUAGGAUAUAUUCCCUUCCAGGUCUGGAUCUCAUCACAAAAGAGCAUUUGGGAGGAGAGAUUAUUCCUCGUUCUGUCCUUUUAUGUGCCUUUGAAGGGGUUUCUUACUUGUUAUGUGCCCUUGGAGAUGGACAUCUGUUCAACUUUUUAUUGAACAUGACUACUGGUGAGUUAACAGACAGGAAAAAGGUUUCUCUUGGGACCCAGCCUAUUACACUACGCACUUUCUCCUCCAAGAGUACCACCCAUGUAUUUGCUGCUUCAGAUAGGCCAACUGUUAUCUACAGUAGUAACAAGAAGUUACUCUACAGCAAUGUAAAUUUAAGAGAAGUUAGCCAUAUGUGUCCUUUCAACUCUGCUGCUUUCCCAGACAGCCUUGCCAUUGCAAAAGAAGGUGAGCUCACAAUCGGUACCAUUGAUGACAUCCAAAAGCUUCACAUCCGCUCAGUUCCUCUUGGGGAGCAUGCACGGCGUAUCUGUCAUCAAGAAAAGACUCGGACCUUUGCCAUCUGUAGUUUGAAGUAUGGUCAGUCAAGCACAGAGGAAUCUGAAAUGCACUUCGUUCGCUUGUUAGAUGAUCAGACAUUGGAGUUCAUAUCAACCUAUCCACUUGAUACAUUUGAGUAUGGCUGUUCCAUCCUCAGCUGUUCAUUCGCAGAUGAUAGUAAUGUGUAUUAUUGUGUUGGUACUGCAUAUGUUCUGCCUGAGGAAAAUGAGCCAACCAAGGGGCGAAUACUGGUGUUCAUAGUUGAGGAUGGGAAGUUACAGUUAAUUGCAGAGAAGGAAACUAAGGGUGCAGUUUACUCUUUGAAUGCCUUCAAUGGGAAGCUUCUUGCUGCUAUAAAUCAAAAGAUUCAAUUGUACAAGUGGAUGUUACGGGAUGAUGGAUCACAUGAGUUGCAGUCUGAAUGUGGACACCAUGGUCAUAUACUUGCAUUGUAUGUCCAAACUCGUGGAGAUUUCAUUGUUGUUGGUGAUCUAAUGAAAUCAAUCUCAUUAUUAAUAUACAAGCACGAGGAGGGUGCAAUCGAGGAAAGAGCCCGUGACUACAAUGCUAACUGGAUGUCAGCUGUUGAGAUUCUUGAUGAUGACAUUUACCUUGGUGCGGAGAACAAUUUCAAUCUCUUCACUGUCAGGAAAAACAGUGAGGGUGCAACUGAUGAAGAGAGGGGCCGCCUUGAGGUCGUUGGAGAAUACCAUCUUGGUGAGUUUGUUAACCGGUUCCGACAUGGCUCCCUGGUUAUGCGACUGCCAGAUUCUGAUGUUGGUCAGAUUCCAACGGUAAUCUUUGGCACUGUUAAUGGUGUGAUUGGUGUCAUUGCCUCACUUCCACAUGACCAGUACAUCUUCUUGGAGAAGCUCCAGUCAAACCUAGUGAAGGUCAUAAAGGGUGUAGGAGGGCUCAGCCAUGAGCAGUGGAGGUCAUUCAACAAUGAGAAGAGGACAGCAGAUGCUAAGAAUUUCUUGGACGGAGAUUUAAUAGAGUCAUUCCUUGAUCUUAGCCGGACUCGAAUGGAAGAGAUUUCAAAGGCAAUGUGUGUUUCAGUGGAAGAGCUCUGCAAGAGAGUAGAAGAGUUGACAAGGCUGCAUUGAUGCUGUGGCAGUGGACGAAUGCUUCCAGGAGACUUGGGUUCUUGCUACUUUUUCUGUUUUAACUAACGUUGAUCUAUUUUUAUUUUCUUUUUCCUUUUGUAAAAGUUACCAGUAUGUAUGAUUGUUUGUGUUAGUACGGGAACAGAGGAUACUUCCUAAUACAAAGGUAGAGUUGCAAUCGAGGAUGAACUUUUUCAGAAAUGCGAUUGUCCAGUGUCAAAAGGGGAUAUUUGUGAAUCCAUUUAGUUGAACUGUAGAGAUUCUUUGGAUUUUGUUGUACAGAUUAUUCAACGGUAUUAUCAUAAAGAAAAUGCCAUUUAUGAAAGUAGAA